CUCCAUAGGCAAUGAACGCUUCAUUCCUUGAUGACAGCGACCUUAGGGGAGGUUUUCAGAUUGGACCCUGAGAUUAGGAAACCUUAUCUUCUCUCUUCAAAGCUUGGUCCUCAGGACCCUUGUGGACUCAGGAAUUAUGUUUGCGAUGUCAAAGGCUGAACGGUGACUCUCUCCUCUUUGCCUUUCUGCUGUUCAAAUUCUGAUCUUUAAGACAAGGAAAUCUCUAACUGUAGAGGGGACAAGUUCCUAGAAAAGGAACACAAACAAGAAAAGAACACUAAGAUUUUCAUUAAUUAUCGCUCUCCUUGCGUCACACAUGACACAUUUCUGCAGGUGGCUACAGGACCCCCUUUGGCAUCUGAUACAGUCUCCCCUGCUGGAGCAACCCCACCCCCACCCCAGGACCUGCUCUCGAAGAAAUAACUCAAACAUGGGGAUCUUCUGCUGGGGAAGAGGGUGGUGGCUCCUGCAGGGAGAAGAGAGGAUCUCCCCAGAAGUCAGUGCACAGUCACAGAUAAGGAAACACUUUCCAGAAAUGUUUAAAUGGACACAGUGGCAGAGGGGAGGGACUGUGCCUGGGGUAGUGACCUUGGGGACAGGUUUGGAGAGGCAUGUAGUCCCUUGGACUGCAGUAUAAACAUUAACUAUCGUCCUUUGCAAUUCUCUCCCAUUAUCUUCGUUGACAGCCAGCCUUCAAUCCCGGGUCUGGCACCGUCCUGCAACACUGCGUGCUGCCUUGUCUGGAGUUACAGCUCCUGAGACCAACUCCUGGCUCCCUGCUUACUGGCUAAAGAAGUUCCCAAACCUCUCUAAGCUUCAGUUCAUUCACCUGUAAGAUGAGAUAAGGGUUUUUACAGUGCUCAAAGGCCAUCAGUCAAAGCAUAGUGUUCCUGAGUGAGCCAUAAAUCCCAGUUGUCUACUGGUUUUAAGAAGCCACAAGGAAGUAGAUUGGGACUUUGGAUACUGUUUUUUUUUUUUUUUCUCUUUAAUUUCGCUUACCAGAACUUUCUAAAAUUUUCAUAAUGAUCACCUGUUUUUUUUUUUAAAUUAAAAAAACUAAGGAGUAACAGAAGAAAUUGCCAAAAGGACAAUGGCCAAGAUCCUUCUAAGAAUCCUUAAAAACAGCCACUACCAAGUUGUUCAUGAAAGCUCUAACGGGAUGAGACAAGCCAGGGCAAUGAUGGAUUACUGCCCCAACCAUAUAAACAACAUGUGACAUGAUUGCUCAUGAGCCAGAACAUGCAAGAGAAGAGGGGGAAGAACACCAGCUUCCCAGAUGGAUCACCCAUGAGCAAGGCUCACUAAGGUUUUGGAACAUGCAUCCUUCUCUCCUCCUGGCUGCCCUUUGCUUGGGAACAACCACAGCUGCUCCAGAAGCCGACCAGAGCUUAGAUGCGCACUGGUCCCGGUGGAAGGCGGCGCACGGGAAGCUGUAUGACGAGAAUGAAGAAGGAUGGAGGAGAGCAGUGUGGGCAAAGAAUAUGCAAAUGAUUGAACGGCACAAUCAGGAAUACAGCCAAGGGAAACACAGCUUCACGAUGGCAAUGAACGCCUUUGGUGACCUGACCAGUGAAGAAUUCAGGCAGGUGAUGAAUGGUCUUCAAAUACAGAAGCAUGAAGAAGGGAACGAGUUCCAAGCACCUCCCUCUGCUGAGACCCCCUCCUCUGUGGACUGGAGAGAGAAAGGCUAUGUAACCCCUGUGAAGGAUCAGGGUUUUUGUGGCUUGUGUUGGGCUUUUCAUGCAACGGGUGCCCUCGAAGGACAAAUGUUCUGGAAAACUGGCAAAGUUCUUGCACUGAGUGAACAGAACCUGGUGGACUGCUGUCUGUCUAGAGACCACGAGGGCUGUAGCAGUGGCCUGAUGGGUAACUCCUUCCCCCAGUAUGUGAAGGACAACAGAAGCCUGGACUCAGAGGAAUCCUAUCCAUACCAUGCACAGGCCAGAAAAGAGGUGGACAGAUGCUCAGGAGAGACCCGUGUCAAAACAUGAGCCAGACCCAUGUCAGCAGGACAGACCUCUGGUUUCAUACACAGAAAAUGUGGUCCUUCUGGUGGCCGAAUGAAGUUGUUUCAGAAGUUUUGAUGGUGAAGACUAAAGACUUCAGUAAAAAACCUUCCACUUUUCUGAAGAUCCUUAACAGCUCAUGCUUUAGAGCUGUGUUUCCCAAACUAGCAUGCCUCAGAAUCACCUGGAAGCUUUCUGGAGGCCCAGAGUUUCUGAUUCCAUAGGUCUGGUUGGGGAGACAAGUAUUUGUACUUCUAACAAGAUCCCAGAGGAUGCUGAUGCUGCUGGUCCACUUUGAGGAUCUGCUACAGAGCCUGGUUCUCCGAAUCCAUAUGUGGCAGGAAUUAGAAAUAAGGCCAAUUUAUUGAACAUGUCUAAGUCAAAUAAAAAUGUAAUUAGUUGUAAAAAAAAAAAGCUAUUAGAAACAAUGCAAGACUGUGAAAAUAAAGACAAAUUAUUAGAGGGAACAUGACACUUUUAAAGAAGGGUAAGGUUUGGUUUUACGGUGAAGUCAUUAGGAUAUUACUCGCCAAGGGCAGACUGGCCCCACAUUCCGUGAUAGUGUUGAGAAGGACAUUGUUCUGAUUCCUAUUUACAUAAUCACCAGUGUGUCUUCAU